UACAGAAACGUGUUUUCGCACUUAUAACACAAUAAAGACUCGCUUAUGAGUCAGUUGGUUUAGCAUCACUGGCGUGAUCAGACGAUAAAAUGUACACUAUAUUUAUUCUAUUUACAUUAACAGCGACUUGUUUCGCUGACUUCAGUGAUAGGGCCAGAAAUUUUAGUAUAGAAUUAUUGCAUUACUCACAAUUGGAAGCUGACGGACACGUUGUGAUAUCGCCAUUCGGUAUAUGGAGCCUUAUGACUGGCAUCACUUUAGGCGCUACGGGUGAGAGCAAAUCCCAAAUAGAAAAAGCGUUUUUCUUACCAAAGAACGAAGAUACGCUCGUUAGAGGAUAUAAAAACUUAACGAAAUCAGUUUUGGAGCCUCAAACCUAUGGCGUCACUUUGGACAUCAAAAACUUCGUCUUCUUGGACAAAGGCUUUGAAAUAAACCGGAAUUUUCAAAACACUUUGAGCACAGACUUUGGAGCAAUGAUCCAAACUCUUAAUUUCAAAGAUCCAAAUGCAGCGGCGAAUGUAGCCAACAGGCUUAUAGGAAAAUACGGCGCGACUGUGUCUAACGUGCUCCAAUCUCAAGACUUCUUAAAGUCCAGGAUGAUUCUGACGAACGUUAUUUCGUUCAAGGGCCUUUGGUCUUCGCCGUUCAACCAAACAGAAACGAACCUUGAGCCGUUCUAUGAUGAGAACAAGAAGGAAAUUGGCAAAGUCAAUAUGAUGUAUCAGAGAUAUCAAUUUCCGUUUUCUAACAUGAAAGCCAUGGGUGCCAUGGUGUUGGAACUGCCUUACGGGGUUGACCAACGUUACUGUAUGCUUGUGAUCCUCCCUUACCCCAGGAAUACUGUAAGUUCAGUUUACAACACCUUUGAAAGGGUAACGUUCAAGGAUAUAUUUGCCCAACUGAAGAGCGACGAAGAGGAAUUCGGUUUAGUAGACAUCGAUGUGAAGUUGCCGAGAUUCAAAAUAAGUACGAACGUAGUCUUAAACAAACCGUUGAACAGUAUGGGAGUGUACGAUAUAUUUGAACCGGGUCGUGCAAGCUUCGAUAAGGUCACGACAGAGGAGAUUUACAUCUCAGCGAUAGUUCACAAAGCUGAUAUUGAAGUCACAGAGGCCGGUACGGUAGCGUCGGCAGCAACAUCUGCCUAUUUCGCUGACCGUAUAGCAACACCAAACUUCUCAGCCAACAAACCGUUCCUGUAUUUCGUUAUGGAGAAGCCAACGGCCACAGUGAUCUUCAGUGGUAUUUACUCUAAGCCAAGCGUAUUCUGAUAGUUCAUGUGUUUGUUGAUGUAGUGUUAAAAUGUCGAAGGCUGAUCUUCGUGUAUCAGAAAUACUCAUUCUCAAUAUGUUUGUUAAGCGUGACGUGUAUACGGAUGUUUGAAAUUUAAUAAACGUAUAAAAAUAAAAUGUAAGUUGUGUCUGUACGCCACCGUUCAUUUGCUGCUUUAAGAAAUCGAAGAAAUUAUGAAGUUUUUUUUAAUUUUUGUAUAUGUUCCACUAUGAGUAAGUAUAUUAAUGCUCUGGAGAUAAUAAACGUAUUAGAAAAAUA